CUGACUUGCUGAAGCAACUGCUUAUUCUAGAUCCUGGGGUUGAAGGAGCAGCCACAACCACCCCUCCUACUCUUCCCCCACCACCCCCUCUUCUUUGCACCCGAUCCUCUGUCCCCUGUCGGAACGGGAAGGAAUGUAUUUCUCGGGAGUUCCUCUGCAAUGGCAGGCGCGACUGUCAGGAUGGCUCUGAUGAAGAGAACUGUUCCCAGUUCUGCAACAGACCAGGGGUCUUCCAGUGUCUGGAUGGAAGCAAGUGCAUUGAGGAGAAAUACCACUGUGAUGGGGUUCAGCAGUGCUUGGAUGGGUCUGACGAGUGGGACUGCUGGAAACCCAUUGAAGAUUGUUCUCUACGUUGUGACAACAAGACCCGCUGUAUCCCUAAGAGCUGGCUAUGUGAUGGCAACCCAGACUGUUCUGACAAAAAAGAUGAACAAGGAUGUACUCGUGAAAAAUGUAGCUCAUCUGAAUUUAGAUGUGAGAAUGGCCAAUGCAUAUCUUAUUCUCUGCAUUGUGAUGGGAACCGAGACUGCCUGGACCACUCAGAUGAAGAAGGCUGUCCUGUUUCCUGGCCCCUGCAGUGCCCCUCAGGGGAGGUGAAGUGCCCCAGGAGUGGAGAAUGUGUGCUGGCAGAGUGGCUAUGUGACCAUGACUUAGACUGCAAAGAUGGAAGUGAUGAGAAGAACUGUGACCCUGGGGAUCUGCAGUGUGGCUCCAGGCAGUGGUCCUGUGCCAGUGGAGACCAGUGUGUGCCUGACUCGUGGCACUGUGACGGGCAGCAUGACUGCAGGGAUGGCAGUGACGAAGCUGGAUGUCCCCCCAAGAAGUGCCAGAGCUCUGAGUUCCAGUGCCACUCCUAUGCCUGCCUCAACUUCAGCCUCGUGUGCGACGGGAAGGAGGACUGUGCCGAUGGCUCUGAUGAGGGCGGAAGGUGCUCGUCAUCAGCAUGCCGCCAAUCACAGUGUCCCCACACCUGCCACCAGUCCCCGCGUGGGCCUGUAUGUACUUGUGAGCAAGGCUUUGAGCUGAAGAGCAGUGGUCAAAUCUGCAAGGAUGUGGAUGAAUGCCAGAAGCCAGGUGGUCAGCCUUGCAGUCAGACGUGUAUCAAUACUGAGGGCUCCUACCGCUGUGCCUGUCAUCCUGGCUACUCGCUGGAGCCUGAUGGCCAUACCUGUAAAGCAACAGGUACUGAACCAAUCCUGCUUGUGGCAAUUCAAUUUAACCUACUCCUCUAUGGGUUGCGGAGCUUGAAAGAAGAUAUUCUGGCGACCACAGACAAGGACCUGAUUAUUUUCUCUUUUGACUAUGACUUAGUGGAGCAGAAAAUCUUCUGGACAGACCUCGGUGCGGAAAGUAUUAAGUGGAUAAGCAUGGACACAAAGAAGAAAGGGACUGUGGUAAAAGGGAUAAAGUCAGACUGUAUAGUGGUAGACUGGAUUGGGAGGAAUCUCUAUUGGACAGAUGGGACAGCGGGCCAGAUUUUGGCGAUUCAGCUGACUGCUGUUUGGAGAGGAAAAUCUGAGUACACGGUUGUCCUGGAUGAUGACUUGAAUCAACCACUGUCUUUGGCUUUAGAUCCUCCAAGUGGGUUAAUGUACUGGUCUGAAAUUGGAGGAGAACCUCACAUAGAACAAGCUGGAAUGGAUGGUAGCAGCAGAAAAAUACUCAUCAGUCAAGGUCUUGGCAGGCCAACUAGCAUAGUUCUUGACCAGUUGAGUUGGAAGAUAUUCUGGUCGGAUGACAAAUUUCACUGUAUUGGCUCUGCCAACCUAGAUGGUACUGGUAUUAGUACAUUGCAGCUAACACAAAUCAAGAGCCCCUUUUCGGUUGCUGUAUUGGAAGAUGAAGUCUUCUGGUCUGAAAUGAAGACAAGAACAGUACAGCAUAUGAAGAAGAUGACAGGCAAGAACAGAGCUGUCCUCAUCAAGCGCUUCGAACAGACUUAUGGACUCAAGAUAAUGCAUGAAGCGCUGCAGCCCAGGUCUUCUAAUCCUUGUCUGGACACUGGAUGUUCUCACUUGUGCCUCCUGAGCCCACGAUCCAAGGGCAGCUGUCACUGCCCAAAUGGACUCCUGCUUGCAGAUGAUGGCCUCAGCUGUGUUCCUGUCGAGGAGUCUGCAUUUCUGUUCCUUGUGUUGCCCACAGUUGUCAUACAGAUUUAUCUGAAAAAUCUAGCUUUACUAGGACAAGCAACUUUACCAGAGCAUAGGAUACUUCCCUUUACCAAUGUGAACCAGCUGGCAUCAGUGGACUACCUUGUCCAGGAAAAGGAGCUCUACCUUUCAGAGUUGGACAAUGGUGAUAUUAGGCUACUGAGACUCAAAGAAUCUGGAAAGCUGUCUUGGAAGAAACUCCUAUCUGUGGAGGGGACAAUAAUCGACCUUGCUGUGGACUGGUUGAGUGGAAACAUAUAUUGGAUUGACAGUGCAAAUCCCCAUAUCAACAUAGCUUCCUCAAAAAGCCAGUAUUCCACUGUCUUGUUUAGCGAAAGUCUUUACCGCCCUACCUCUGUGGUGCUCCAUCCACCUACUGCAAUCAUGUGCUUUGUGGAUCUGGGUUCCCAGGAUGAUGGUAGGCAUGGGUCCAGCAUUGAAUGUGCCUCCAUGGAUGGCAGCAGAAGGAAGGUACUGUGGCAGAAAUCCCAGGUCCCUGUGGGCCUCACCUUUUCGGAUUCAGGGACCCGAGUGUACUGGGCUGAUACUGGGAGAGGACUCAUAGAAAGUAUUCAACAAGAUGGCACAAGAUACAGAGUAGAUCGCAGAGGAAUUCAGGGCCUUAACCUGUUUACAUAUGGCCAAGGCAUGAUGCUCUGGACAACAGUUGAUGAUGCCCAGAUCACUAAAGUUUGGUACAGCAAAGCAGAACUUUCAGAAAACCGGUGGUUCCAAGUAGAUCAGAAGAUUGUAGAUUUAAAACUCUACAGUAAACUUUGUCAACAGGGUAGUAACAGCUGCUCAAAAGACAAUGGAGGAUGUAGCCAUAUAUGUUUACCAAACCCUGAAGGACAGACUUGUAAAUGUUCCAGUGGGUACUACUUGGCUGACACAAACAAAUGCAUGGAAGCUGUCCGAUGCUCUGCACCAUCACUAUCCUGUAAGGAUGGUCAGAGAUGCAUUUCCAUGGAGCAAGUAUGUGAUGGUCGUGCUGACUGCCUGGAUGAAUCUGAUGAAAUGGGCUGUACCCAUCCAGAUAAAAUCCAUUCAAUACCAACACCUAAAAAGCCAGAGGCUGGAAAAAGGGUGACUCCAAAAGCUGCCCAACCUCUCCAGGCUCCCAAGCCCACCAAGGCUAGAUAUCUGGUUCCAGAAGGGAUGAAUUAUCCUGUCAGAAAAACACUGACCCCUCCGAUUCUUGCUAGAAGAAGCAAGACCUCAGAAACCAAGGAAAGCGGGGAGUCUGUUCAGCCCAAGGACUUACAGAGGACAAAACAUCUGUCCUGUAGCAGCGAUUUCUGUAAUAAGAGGGGGAUCUGUACAAUGGAAGGAGAGCUGAGAAAAUGCAGCUGUCUGGUGGAAUAUCGCGGAGAGUUCUGUGAAGAGGCAGUGCGUGGACCUGCCCCUGGCCACGUCGCCCUCAGCUUAACCAUUGCCUUGCCAGUUGUUUUGGUAGCUCUGGGAGCGUUAGUAUAUUUCAGAAGACAACAUGACUUAAAAAGAAAUAGUACAGCAUCAUCAAGAAAUUCAGCCACCUAUAAAGAAAAGGACGCAGAAGAGAGUCUAUUGAACAGUGAGACUUUUGUCAAUGAAGCCUAUGAUGAGCAGGUAUGCCUGAAAGUCUCUUUAAAAACAAAAAAACAGACUGUAAGAAACAGUUAAAGCAUGCCCCUCCUGAAACAUCCUAGCUGGGUGAGAAUAGGCAAUGCUAACUA